CAGGCCGAUUCGGCGACCAUGGAGGGGACGAAGAAGAAGAGGAAGCCGAAGACCUCCGACGAAGCUUCCACGACCGGAGAACUCGCCUCGCUUUACGCUUUCUCGCUCCACUUGGCAUGCGGGCUGAUCUUGGCGGCGGCAUUGUGGAUCGCUCGCGCCGUCGAAUCCGUCGAUCUCGUCUCCGAUCCUUCUCGAACUCUCCGCCUCGUUUGGGUCAUGGAGUGUCCGGUCGUGAUCCUUCUCUACAGUCUUGUCCGAGAGAGGCCUGCACAAACCUCGUAUAUCAGAGCUCUCAUUCGUGGUGCGCUUGCAUUGCCGGCCGGGGCUCUUGUUAAUGCUUUGGGAGCUAUUGCGUUGGGUGCGCCUGUUGGGACACAGUACUUAGUGAAUACCAUUAAUUGGUCCCUCAUGAUGUCGACCUUGACUGUUGUGCCGGCCGCUUGUGUUUUCGGUGCCUCAUGGAACAGUUGGCAACGUAUCUUUGCAUGUACAAAGCCAGUCAGUUCUAUGGAUUUCAUGAUUUGCCUGCCUGCUCAUGGUGCAAUUAUUGGAGCUUGGUUUGGUGCAUGGCCUAUGCCACUUGAUUGGGAAAGGCCAUGGCAGGAGUGGCCUAUCUGUGUGAGUUACGGAGCCAUAAUAGGGUAUCUUGUUGGAAUGGUGGCAUCUCUGGGCUUUAUUCUCCUUCGACAUGGACAUCAUCAUGUGAAAGUAGACUAGUGGACUGACUCGGGGCAUAUCAUUGGCAAUUGUGCUGCAGGAGCUGCUUUAGAGAUGACUACAAUACCCUUACCCUUCACAAAUCAAACAAAUCCUGUUAACAGCAGAUAUGAUUAUCCCUCCUAGUUUCAUAUGCUUCCUCGAGGAAUCUACCUUAACAUUUUUCAUCCACUUAUGAUAUGCUUCACGGGUGUGGGUUUUCAGGGUGCACACCUGAACCGCUAACUGAUGUUAAUGCCAAUAGAUCCUUUAUUUUUCAGCAGUGAAAGCAAAAGAAACUUGAGACACCAGAGGUCUGCUUUAUUCAAUGACGACAGCAGUCCCAUUGACACCCUGGUAUGUAAUUAUUUAGCUUCUCAAAACGCGUCAACUUAAAGGCAGUGAAAAAGCUUUCAGUGAAGACGCAAACUUUUGAUAGGAAAAGUUUUGUCCAUUAAUGUUGUACAUACUUAUGUAGGAGUGCAGUCAGGAGACUCAGAACAGCUUGUGCUAACCUAGUUUCGUAAUUGUAUGAUUGCUGUCAAAUUUUUGUUGUUGUUGUUGUCAUUGUCGUCGUCGUCGUUGUUGUAGUUAAAGUAUUUUCCUGUGCGUUGGUGUUUCUUCCA